GUGGCGCUGAUCGUGGCGGUUUCGGUGCCCGAAGCCGGGAGCGCGGAGUCGUUCCCUGAGGCGGCGGCCAGGCUAUGAUCGCGGGUCCCCAGCGUCCCACUCGGGCCAACCAGAGUCCUUGUCUCAGCGUGUGCUUGUGGCAGAGCGAUUUCCUCAACCUGGUCCCACUGCGCGGUUGGCAGCGGCGCUCCCGGCGCGCCCCCUCCUCCGAUGGCGGCGGAGAUCCAGCCCAAGCCCCUGACCCGCAAGCCGAUCCUGCUGCAGCGGGUGGAGGGGUCCCAGGAGGUGGUGAAUAUGGCCGUGAUCGUUCCCAAGGAGGAGGGCGUCAUCAGCGUCUCGGAGGACAGGACAGUUCGAGUAUGGUUAAAAAGAGACAGAGGACAAUACUGGCCAAGCAUAUACCAUAUGAUGCCUUCUCCAUGUUCAUGCAUGUCUUUUAACCCGGAAACAAGAAGACUGUCCGUAGGUCUAGACAAUGGUACAAUCUCAGAAUUUAUUUUAUCAGAAGAUUAUAACAAGAUGACUCCUGUGAAAAACUAUCAAGCGCAUCAGAGCAGAGUGACGAUGAUCCUGUUUGUCCUGGAGCUGGAAUGGGUGCUGAGCACGGGACAGGACAAGCAAUUUGCCUGGCACUGCUCUGAGAGUGGGCAACGCCUAGGAGGUUAUCGCACCAGUGCCGUGGCCUCGGGCCUGCAAUUUGAUGUUGAAACCCGGCAUGUGUUUAUCGGUGACCAUUCAGGCCAAGUAACCAUCCUCAAACUGGAGCAAGAAAACUGCACCCUGGUCACAACAUUCAGAGGACAUACAGGUGGAGUGACUGCUCUCUGUUGGGACCCUGUCCAGCGAGUUUUGUUCUCCGGCAGCUCCGAUCACUCUGUAAUCAUGUGGGACAUUGGUGGGAGAAAAGGAACUGCCAUUGAACUCCAAGGACACAAUGACAAAAUCCAGUCCCUCUCCUAUGCACAACACACGCGGCAGCUCAUCUCAUGCGGCAGUGACGGUGGCAUUGUCAUCUGGAACAUGGACGUGGAGAGGCAGGAGACCCCUGAAUGGUUGGACAGUGAUUCCUGCCAAAAAUGUGAUCAGCCUUUCUUCUGGAACUUCAAGCAAAUGUGGGACAGUAGGAAAAUUGGCCUAAGACAGCACCACUGCCGCAAGUGUGGGAAGGCAGUCUGCGGCAAGUGCAGCUCCAAACGCUCCUCCAUCCCUCUGAUGGGCUUCGAGUUUGAAGUGAGGGUCUGUGACAGCUGCCAUGAGGCCAUCACAGAUGAAGAGCGAGCGCCCACAGCCACCUUCCAUGACAGUAAACACAACAUUGUGCAUGUGCAUUUUGAUGCUACCCGGGGAUGGCUACUGACUUCGGGAACUGACAAGGUUAUUAAGUUGUGGGACAUGACCCCAGUAGUAUCUUGAUGAUACUCCCAGGCAUCAGGAAGAUAGUAUUUACUCAAGAAAUGAUUGUUUUAAUCCAAGUCAUUACUGGAGCUGUAAAGCAGCCACGUGAGAAGAGAGACUAAAGAAACUGGCUAAGUUUGCAUAUUACCUGCAGACACAGUGGUGAGCCAGUGAGUGAACGCUUGGAGGGGACUCUUUCGACUUAUUCAUACAAUAUAAAAGAAGAUAUUUUUUUAACAAAUGGUUUAUACAGUCUGGCUUGCUGCAUUGUUUUGCGUAUAUUGAAAACUCUGUGUGGGAUGUUUCAACACUUCAUUUUAGUUGUUGCUUUGUGUAUCAGAGAAAUGAGGAAAGUGUCUAUUCAGGGUGUUUUUGGUUAUUAGAAAGCAGUUUCCAUGCUUUCUUCACUUGGGCAUGGAUCACAGGGUCAUCUUUUUUCUUCUCUGUAGCUACUCGCACCUUCAUCUGCUUUUCACCAGAGUGUAUGUAUUUACACUGGUUAUUCGCAGUGUUUCUGCUUUCAUAGAAAUCCUCUUCAGUUGAGAGAUUUGGUAAGUCAUUUGUGUGGAUUUACCAACCGACUUCUUGAAUCACCUGAAGAAUGAUCUGUAAUGUCUAACUUAUUCAUGUUCUUAUUGAGUAUAAAUGACCUGGUGUUUCUGCCUCAGUUUUCUCUGUCUUUCCCACAUUAAAAAAUGCUAUGUAUGAGAAAGCUGUUCCCAACCAUUGUCAUCACAGGAGUAGAUGAUUAUAACUCAGAGUUUCAACUAUCAGUGCCUGAAUUGUUUCUAAUUCAGUUGGAGCCUUCUGAGCCUUUCAUGUUUUCGUUUUAUUGACACAGCUAGCUCUCUCACUUGUAUUAAAAACAAACAAAACCCUGUAUCCUUCCCAAAAAAGCUGUGUUUGUCUGUGUGACAUAACCUCUGAACUUGACCAUGUUCAUUACUGCGAGACUGAAUCCAGCUCUAUUCCUCAUCAUCUGUAUUUCCUUCCCCUUUAAAAACUAGAACACUUUGCACACUUUUAUACUAAAACUGUGGUCUGAGACAUAAAAGGUACUGAAUCUUACAGCUCAUGAUGUGUUCCUGUUGGGAAUGUGAAAAGGGCUUUAGAAAAUCAACCUGAUGAAACUAAUUUUAAGGGAAUCCAGUCAAAUUUGAUAAAGUGAAAUAUUCUGUUUUAGUGACUCAACUCACAAUAUUGAAGUCCUUUUUUAAAAUCUUAUUUUCACCUAUAUAAAUAGAAUUUAAAUGAGUGGGUAAGCAUGUGCUAUGUGCCCCUCCCCCCCCCAUUCUAAGCACAUGACAUGGUACCACUUAGGUCAACCCUCACCUGUUGGGGGCUUUUCGGGGAUCACUAACUCUCUUCGGGAUUACUACCAGGUUAAAUAAAACCUUGCAAAUAUACAGACCAAUACAGACCAAUUACUUGCCCCUCCUAUUCAAGUCCUACCUCCACAGUGUCUUGUUCACUUCUGAUUUGAUAAUUUUUUGGUGUUAAUAUUUGAAAUCCUCCCUAUUUUUCUCUCUUUUCCUGGAAAGCAAUUUUUUCCCUCGUGAACAUUACUUACUUUUCUUUCUAACCAAAAGAAGUACUACCAGCCAUACUUGGGUACCAUCCCUAACGCUGACCUAGCGUGCUUCCUGGGGAAGGAGCUUCCUAGAGAGGAUCCUGCUGCUGCAGCAUUGGCAAGCAGGACCAGUGGUGCUCCCCGGUCAGCCACGGUACAUGAUAGUAAUCACCUGAGACAUCAGACCAGCCCACGUGAUCAUACUCUAAGGUCAUAUGCACAGAAGUGAUUACCAGUUGUCCCUUCACUGGCCCCUUCCAUGCUACCCUUGCUUGCCAUCAAGCUGUUAAAAUCAGUCUGAGUCUUUUCUGCAUGAUUGCUCUGUGAGAGAGCUUUAAAAGGGAAUUAAAUUUAGAAUAUUCAAAUAUCUAUUUUGUAAUUUAUUACUAGAACCCGCAGCCAUUACUAAUUUGUGCAUAAUAGAGAACUCUGUUGGAAUGAAUAGUAGGAAUGGAUACUCUGUUUUCCCUUCCUGAGCUUUGGAACAUGCUCUCUACAGAGGGGAAGACAGAGUGUUAGAGAGGCAAUAGAUCAGGCACCCAGCAAGCCUGGCAUGGAUCUGAGUUAGAUCUGGAUGAGCUCACACUCCAUUUGGGAAGCUGAUCGUCCCUGUGGGAUCACACAUGUACACCACGGUGGCUCUGUCUGCGACCCUGUAGUCAUCUCUCUCCCAGCAUGGCUGUACCCCAGCCCACAGAGCCACCGAGAGAUUGAAGCCACUUGACACUGCCUUGGUGAGGAGAAUCAGGAUCACAAACCACAGAUGUGUCAAGGUAUCCGUUGCUCUGCCCUUUUUCUCCUCAUGUGAAUGGCUGCUUGAAUGUAUGUAUUUGUAAUACUGUGAAUUCUUGAGUUUUACGUUGAAUCUCCACAGUUUUUAUAACUCAGAGAUAUAUCUGCUGGUGUUGGGUGUCUUCCAAGCAUUUUAUAGAAAUAGAGGCUUCAUCACAAGGAGAGGAAGCUGGCACCAGCACUUGCCUUUCCUCCUGUCUAGGUUAACUGUCAUAGUUCUUGUUUUCCCCUUUUGGAUUUGCACUUUACAUACAUUUUUGCUCUAUUACUUCAACAUACAGCAGCUCUGGCAAGUAAUGCCUAGCAUGGCUGUGCAGAAAAGUGGCAGAACUGCACAUAGUUGCUCUUUCUUUGGUAGGAUGAAACCAAUCACGUGCUCUCGGUUUCUCCAAAGAAAUGAUGUUACUGGAAACUUUAACUGCCUGGGUAUAUCUCCACAGUAACAAAAGUGGUUUUACAUUAAGUCCUUGGCGUUGUGUGUCUUUUAUAUGAGGUCAGUCAGCCAUGGUGUAUUUCUCACUUGUUUGAAUUAUUUAAAGAAUCAUAAAAUCGUGAAACUGGAAGGGAUCUUCAGAGAUCUAGAAUGUUCCAUGCACAAAACACUAGUUCUACCAGGCAGAAUAGCUGAGGUGGAAACAAGAGAAUCUAAAAGAAGUAUUUUCAAGGAACAAUUGUUUUUGAACUUUACCUGGUAAUGGCAUUAGUGGGAGUAGUGACUUCCAGUGCCUUUAGACAGGGAGCCUCUGGAACCAAGUUUGUUCCCUGUCAUGGGCAAAUCUGACACUUCUUUUGCCCCCAGCCCUGUUGUUAUGAGCGGGUGGGAACUAUGUAGUGAGGCAAUUAUUGCAAGUCUUCAUCAGUGUAAACUCUUUCCUGCACUUUUCCCCACAGACCACCCAGCAGCAAUAUUUAAGUGGAAAUCCAGGGGCAUUGGAAAUGCACCUUUACCCCAUUUGUCUGAAGGCUCAUCACAGGUUGGCCUAGAGUGAGUCGCUGGGCUACAGCAUUUGCCUUUCUGUGGAACAUCACCUUUUCAUGUUUGACAUUCAUUUUUAAAGCAUAGUUUAUUUUUGCUUAACAUUAAUCUAUUUUUAAAGCCUGAAUUUUGACUUAAGCAAAGAGAUAGCUCUAAACUAUGUAUCAAAGUUACUGGAUAUAAAUAUUCAUUAAAUGAGGCUCUUGGUUUUGCCUUUUCAUAUAGUUUAAUUGUAUAUAAAGGCCUUGCUCACUAACAUUUACAUUUUAAAGUGAAAGCAAGCAUUUUGCCAAAACAUUCUUAAUUUUUCUCUUCUUAAAAAUAAUGCUAAGUUAAAAUUUUCCUGAUGUGAAAGCAUGAAUAUCUAGCAAUUUGAUUGGAAAACACAGAAAAUAAGUUUCUUUUUAACAUUCAGUUAUCUAGAUAAUCCUCACUUUAUGCCAGGCUUUGAACUAGGCCUGGAUGACAAGUUCCAAUUCCAGGCCUGGGGAGAGCCACACAGGGUGCCCCUGCCGGAGUGGGUGGGGCCAGAGGGACUUUGUUGAGGGAAGGACUUGUGAUCCAAGAGCGAGCUAAAGGGUGAGUUGAGUAAAGAAAUGACUUUCCAGGCUGCAGAAACAGCCUAAACAAAGGCCCAAGAUCUCGCUUUAGCCUGGUGCAUGGGGGGCCACAGGGUUUGGAGUUGCCAGAGAAUAUCAAGCACUUGGCUGCAGUCCUGGAGCCUUACCUCUUGUCACCUUGAGACUGAUGCUCAUGACGGCAGAGAGGGAGGCAGCACACGGUUGGCCUUGAGGGGUUUGUUUACAUAGAGGCUCAUCAGUGUCAGAGUCCAGGUUUUCCUGCAGUCCAGGCUGGUAUCAGAGUUUCUUUUCCUUUGGGAAUGCCUGGAAUUGUUAUCUUAAAAUGACACAUAGUUACUAAUUUUUGAACUUUCUGGGUACACAGCCUUUCACUGGAGGCAUUGAGGUGAAUGGAGCUGGAAACCGCAUAGGCAUGGACUUGGCCUGGAGGAACCUACAUACUAAUUGCAUAAUUACACAGGUGGGUUGGGCUAAGCUUCUCCCCUGUGAAAAAGGAAAGACCUUGACCUGUGGCAGGAGGAGAUUGUUCUAGACAGCUGGCAUUACACUAACACAGAGCCAAGCCUUUCAGUACAUAAGCAGGCAGCUGCUGCCUUCCGUUUUCUUCUCAGCCUUAAAUUGUUCUUUCAAGUAAUGGGUCAUUUCAGUACAGUGUGGUAAAUGGGAAAUCCUUAAGUGGCACUCUCCAAGUAAAAGGGAACAUUUUUCUCAAUUCAGUGACAGUGAAAGGAGCUCCAGCAGCCACUGCCUCAGAGACCUGGCUCUGCUGAGGCAGGGGCACACCCAGCCUCUCACUGUGGGGCUUGGCACUUUCUAGUUCCUGCUGUUCCAUCCAUUUCCCUUUUUCUUUCACUACCCAAGUCUCAUUUGUCCAUAACCUAAUUCCAGAACAUCCAUGUACUAUACAUAUUUAAAUCUAGCUCAACUCUACAACCAAGUACUAUAUACUUACCAAUUGAAGGGUUUUAAUUUGUAAUUUUGUCUUUAAACAUUAUCCUUCCCACUGAGAAGCAUAUUUAGGUUAACACACCAAAGGAAUGUCUAAAAACUAGGUCUGUCCAAAAUUGGAAUGGGAUCCCUCCUUGAGUUUCCCAUGACAGGGAAAGGAGACCGUAGUUGGCCCCUUGUCAGUGAUGUGGGAAGGAGAUUAAAGCCUGGAGUAAGGGUUGAAUUUGAUGAUUGUUCUUAAGAUCCCUUCCAAUCUUACGAUCCUAUGAUUCCAUGAAUGUUGUUUAUUAUUGAACUGGCCUAAACCAUUACCAGUGACUGACCCACACACGGCUGACUUAACUCAGAUAAAUGGGAGCAUAUCGCAAAAUCUUUGUCUUAUAUCAAGAAAAUUGCUUUCUGUAUUUUUUCUAUCUCCAGCCUAGGAGAUUUGAAAAAGAUGGUGAAAGUGGAAGUUAAUCAUGGUACCAUCUCAUUAAAAACAUACCUUCAAAUGUUCACUUUUGUGAGUCGAAAGUGUAUCUGACUUUCUUGGGAGAGAAAGUGGCAGGGAUUACAGGGUGGUUUAAAAGGUUAAAUUUAGAAUCUGACCUUGAUGUUCAUGAUUCUUCCCUCCUUUUUUACCCCCCUUGGUCCUCUGGGAAGCACGAGGGAGGACUAUGACACAAAAAGUGGAAGUGGUUUGAAAAAAGUUUUUCACUUACAUACACCUUUUUUCCCAUUUAAAUGGGUGACAACCUUAAGUCAGUAGCAUGCGCCAAUAUGAAGUAUGGACCAAAAUACUUAUGUCACUGGUAACCAUUGUAGUCUCAUAUAUUUGUUUUAUGCCAUUUGCCUUGUUUUUAAAUGGCUUUUUUUCAAUGCACUAUCAUUUUGUAAAAGAAAACCUAUGAAAAGUACAGACUGUUAUUAACUGGACAACAGGGAAGGUGCUAGCCCCACACCGUGCCUGUCGACCACUGUAGCCAUAACUGGGCACAUGGACGCUUCUGUUCCACACGCCCAUCGGUCUGUGGCCACACCAGAGCCUAGCUGCAGCGGGCAUGUUACUUUAGGAUAUUUUUUCUUUCUUUUUGAAGUGAGAUUCUCCAAGGGGUCAGGCUGAAAAUGUAAUAAGCCUGAAGUUAGAACAGAUUUCUCAAAUGUGGUUUCUGUCAUUGAUUCCAUCAACCAAACCAAGCAGUCUUGACAUUGACUUCCUAAAUGUGAUCGAGUGGAUUGAGCAAGAGUUUCCUACAGUGUUAAAAUGUCUGUAUCCAGUUCUACAUUUAAAUGCUGCUGAAUGUUGGGAAUGUUUCUAAACUCCGCUUACUUUCCCACCGUGCUUCCCUCCAGCUGAACUGUACAUGUCGCCGUUACCCAUGUACGUUACCAAUGCAAAGUCGCCUCCGUGGUUUAAAAUAAAUAUCUGUGGAAAUAAUCCUGUAA